AGCAAAUAGUUUGAAAAACGUCGACGCCGCCGCCGCUGCACUCGAAAAAAAUUAAAACAUUUAAUCGAUUUAACGCAAACAACGCAAUCCGUAGGGUCGCGGUUACGUUUUUUUUAGGCUUUUUUGUUGCACCUGGAAUUUGCGUGGCCUCUUUUUCAUCAAUUUUUGGUUCGUUAACAUCACACUCGCACACACACACAGUCGUGCAGCAGCAGCAGCAGAUGCGUGUGAGUGGGAAAUUGUGCAAAAACCUGUGACGACAGCUGAGGGGGCGGAGAGCGGGCGGAGCUGUGUUGAAAGCGAAUUCAUUGUUUUUGUGUCGUGUUGUUGUUGUUGUGUGUGGCGCGCAGAAGAGCAGCGCACUAAAUUAAUAUAUUAAAGUGUGUUUGCCCGCGAUGGCAGCCGUGGUGGGCCCAUAAUGCCACCGCGUACCCCUCCCUCGCCAACGAAUUCAGCAGCCUGCUAGCAGCCAGCUGCUCAUUUGGCGAGUGUAAACAAAGCAGCUAACGCACACUAACGCAGCGACUGCGACGCAGCUGUGACGCCGACGUCCUUCACCUUGUGCGACGCGCAUAUUGAAUUUCACAUCUCCAUUCCGGCCAUCUCCAGGCAGCGACUCGUCCAUCGGUCGUCAUCAUCACCAUCAUCGUCUUUUGUCUUGGCAACCUGUUCGCUGUCCAGACAGGAAGUUUAACCAACUGCAGCGCCGUCGACGGAACCAGCAGCAGCGCUCCGCUUCGCUGCCAGCGCCAACAGCGCCGUCGCAGCAGCUGCAUCUGUCAACAAAAUUCGCAGAUUGAAUAUUUUCGAACAUGACUUCCACAUCUGCGACGGAUGGCGGCGGCCACAGUAGCAGCGAGACAGCCUGGCUGGAGGAUCUGCUGCGAGAGGUGCAGCUGGAACAGUUCCUAGACAGGAUUCGGGAUGACCUGCAGGUGACCCGGCUGGCCCACUUCGACUAUGUGCUGCCCGACGAUCUGGAGAGAUGUGGCCUGGGCAAGCCCGCCAUUCGACGGCUGAUGGAGGCGGUUCGCAAAAAGAAGGCCCAUCAAUGGCGCAAGAAUAUCCUGUCCAAGCUGAUUGGCGGUGGUAAACAGCCUUCGUCCAAGAAGCAGCCCUCCUCUAAUGGCCGCGAAGCCACUCAGGGUGGGAAUGGUACCCAGCUUACCUGCCUCAUUCACGAAAAGGACAUCACAAUGGGCCUGAAACUGGGCGACGGCUCCUUUGGCGUGGUGCGACGCGGCGAAUGGAGUGCCUCGCCGGCAGGCAAGGUCAUACCGGUGGCCGUCAAGGUGCUAAAAUCGGACAACCUCACCCAGCCGGGUAUCAUCGAUGACUUCUUUCGCGAAGUUCAAGCCAUGCACGCGCUAGACCACUCCAAUCUGGUGCGGCUUUAUGGCGUGGUGCUGUCGCAGCCCAUGAUGAUGAUCACAGAGCUGGCGGAGAGGGGUUCCCUGUUGGACACGCUGCGUAAGCAGUGCCGCCACACCUCACUCACCAUCAUAUGGAACUGGUCGGUGCAGAUUGUCACGGGUAUGGCCUAUCUGGAGCAGAAGCGCUUCCUACACCGCGACCUGGCCUGCCGGAAUGUUCUCCUGGCCGCUGGAAAUAAGAUCAAGAUUGGGGACUUUGGGCUAAUGCGGGCCUUGCCCCAGGAGGAUGAUUGCUAUGUGAUGUCCGAGCACAAGAAGGUGCCUUUUCCUUGGUGUGCCCCGGAAUCCCUGCGCUUCCGGCAGUUCUCGCAUGCCUCCGACACCUGGAUGUUUGGCGUGACGCUGUGGGAGAUGCUCAGCUUUGGCGAGGAUCCCUGGGUGGGUCUAAAUGGCUCGCAGAUUCUCCGCAAGAUUGAUCGCGAGGGCGAGCGACUGCAUCAGCCGGACGCCUGUCCGCCGGAUGUCUAUGCCAUGAUGUUGCAGUGCUGGGAUAAGACGCCCGCCGAGCGUCCCACUUUUGCUGCCCUCAAGGAAUACCUGGCUGGAAUGUCGCCACCUGUUAUGCGUGCCAGCCGCAGCUACCACGAGUCCAAGGGCCUCCAGAUUGAGCCGGGCGACACCAUCGCCAUCAUCGAUGGACGCCACGAACUGAAGCUGAUCAAGGGCCAGAACCAGCGCACUUUCGAGAUUGGAAUCUUCCCCAAGAGUUUGCUGGAGCAGCGAAAGGUGCCAGGCGGCGCCGGGGAUGUGGCCAUGCGUAGCAGCUUGGGUGCCAAUGGCUCGUCCUCGCCUUCGCCCUUUGGUUUCUGUUGGGGCGGAGCAGCAGUUUCAGAGGAACGGCAGCGAAAGUGCGCCUCGGUUAACCAGGGUCAUGCCAAGGAGCGCAAGUCCACGUCCAACAAGCAGUUUGCCUACAACAAGCUGGUCAACGACACGGCAGCGGGUCUGCAACGACGCAACGCGGUCAAGCACAAGGGAGCCCUGGUGGGGCCGCAACGUCCACCGCCACCGCAGUUCCAGCAAGAGGGCUUACUCAUUGACAUUUCUCCGGAUAUGGCAGGAGGAGUGCCGGCAGCUAACGGAGCAGGGGAUAGUUCAUCCCUGCAGAUGGACAGCUCCUUUUGCAUCCUAGACGCCCCCAUAGAAGUGCAGACGUAUGUGGAGGAGGGUGCUCCAGCGGACUUGAAUGUUUCACCCACAUAUUACAAUGAACAGCCUCAGUUUGACUUUGAUUCUGGCAAUGUGACAGCUUCGCCGGGACGCCUACAACCGCCACCUUACCAGAUGCCUCCCACUUACUCGAAUACCAUGGAAUUUGUCCAGAAGCAGCAGCAGCAGAUGGCGACACGGGAUCCCUUUGAUACCAGCAGCUUGGAGACAGCAGUGGCCCUGUACUCUAACUUCAGCCAAACCCAGGAGCCAGCCCCACCGCCAGGUCCCGCCUACAGCAGUCCCUCGGUGAGAAAGAGCCUCUUUGGUGCUCCCAACUCGAAUAAGGAGAACAUACCCGCUUUGGAAUCGGCGGCCAUGCAGCUGAAUCUCAGUAAUCUCUCCAUGGAACGGCAUCCUGUAGAGCCUCUACCCAUUGCCCCUGCCGAGAAUAGCGGCGUUUUGCUGGACAAAUCCUUCAUCGCCGAGCUGGAAAAGGACAUGUACAGCAAUGGACAAAACCGGGCUCAGGAGGAGUACCAGCGCAACUCCAAUCAGCUGCAAGCCAACAAGGAAAUGGUGUACAAGCAGAAUCUUACGCCUCUCAAAAACGGAGCCGCCUCGAAUCAUUCCACCAGCCCCUCGUCCACAGCCUCGCCCAAGCAAAACAAUGUGGAAGCAGCCGCUAGCACCCAGAGCGUGGUGAAUCGCAUUUGGUAUGAGCAGGUGGCCGCCACGCCCUCAGAGUACUAUGCCCAGCCGCCGCCAGAGCGACCAGAGCAAGAGCAGAUCUACCAGAAUCACCAGCAGCAGCAGCAGCCGGAGGCCAACCACUCAUUUGUGGCCAUUUCCAAUCGCGUGGUGGCUCCCAAGAGCAGUGUCUAUGCCUCUUCCUCCGCUCUGUACGAUGCCGUGGCGGCCAGCACGGCAGGCUCCACGUAUUACGGCCAAGUGCCGAAUGGCAAUGGAGCCGCCCUCUACGACGAGGUCACCCUGGAUGACUACCUGCGACCACAUCGACCUGCUCCACUAGCACCGCCUCCCCUCUCUGCCCAGCAGAUCCAGCGGCGCAUGGAGAAGAUGCGCCUGCAGCAGCAACAGCAGUUAGAGGACGCCCAUCAGCUAUAUGCCCCUGUGCCCUCGGACUAUGGACGCGAACAGGAGAAGCUGCAACAGCUGAUGCAGGAGCUGGGCAGCUCUGCGGUGGAGCAGGAUGUUCGCAAUGCUUUGCGAGCGGCCAGUGGGGAUGUGUCGCUGGCCACAAAGCACUACAAGAUCGAUCAGCUGGCGCGGUUGGGCGUGGCAGGGCGACCACAGUGCGAGCAGGCGCUGCAGCAGACCAACUGGAGUCUCGAGGUGGCUGCCGAGCUGUUGCUGCAGUCCUAAGAGAGAGCUGCUCCUUCCAAACAUCACGUAUUACUGGAUCGAAUAUAAUAUAGUUUUAUUUACGCAACGGAAUGCAGCUUAGGCAAAACGAUGUCUCGAAUCUUUUCAAAAUACUCUUAAGUGAAACACUCUCGAAUGGAAACAUACACAACACAUUGUCAAGCGACUGUACAACAUGUUCUAUUUUAUAUAAGCGAUCGGUAUAAAAUUAUUUUAUAAUUGUUAUUCGAUGACUGUACUAUACAUAUAUUCAUUAUAAUCCAAGGCCUCGAAAAUUAUUUACAAGCGAGAGAAAUCGAAAGGGAGUCGUCCGGGAAUGGACUCCCGAAGAGUUGAUGUCAAUGCAUGCAACAAGUAUUUGUUUUCAAAUCAAAUAAAUAAUAUCUGAUUGUUACAAAAAA